AUGGCAAGUGCAAUGGAUCCAGCCUACGUCAAAGAUGACAAAGAUCCCAUGCAUACGCAUGUCAAACCCGAGCAAAGCAGCCCCACCCUGAAACCAUUGAUUGGCGACAAGUCUCCGGGUGUGGCAAGAAUCGAGGCUUUGAAUGCGCAUACUACACUCGCUAAUCGUGUCUGCAUCUUCAUCGGUCUCUUCCUGGUAGCCUAUGCCUAUGGACUUGAUGGAACACUGCGAUACACGUAUCAGCCAUACGCUACCUCUGGCUUUCAGCAGCACUCUACCCUUGCUACGAUCAACGUCCUGAGAAGCGUCAUUGCUGCGGCUGCACAACCCACUGCAGCCAAGAUUGCUGAUGUCUUCGGCCGCAUUGAAAUCGUCGUCCUGUCCAUAUUCUUCUACAUCCUAGGCACUGUAGUCGAAGCGACCAGUACUGGUGUAGCAGCCUUCGCUGCCGGCGCUGUUCUCUAUCAACUGGGUUAUACAGUCAUCAUAGUACUCAUUGAGAUUAUCAUCGCUGAUAUCACAUCUCUUCGGUCCCGUCUCUUGUUCUCUUACGUGCCCGCGAUUCCUUUCUUGAUCAACACAUGGAUCAGCGGCGAUGUUAGUCAGGCUGUACUGGAGUCUACGACCUGGCGUUGGGGUGUCGGCAUGUGGUGCAUCAUCUAUACGGUUUGCUGUAUCCCGUUGACGGCUUCACUGCUGUGGGCACAUACGAGAGCGAAAAGAGCUGGUGCUCUCGACGAUUUCAAGACACCGUACCAGGUGCAUGGACCGAAAAAGCUUCUUGCAGCGCUGUUCUGGCAAUUGGACGUCCCUGGAAUUAUUCUGGUGAUAGCGGUGCUUGGCUGCAUCCUUACUCCAUUUACUAUUGCGGGUGGCGUCUCGUCUCAGUGGCGUACUGCAAAAGUGAUAGCCCCCCUGGUUAUCGGCAUUCUUUGCAUACCAAUGUUCAUUGCGUGGGAGAUGAAGGCACCUCAUCCCAUGCUGCCCUUCCAUCUUCUCAAAGAUCGUGCCGUCUGGGGCGCUUUGGGCAUUGCAUGCACUUUGAAUUUUGCUUGGUAUAUGCAGGGCGAUUUCCUGUACACCGUCCUCGUAGUGGCUUUUGACGAGUCUAUCAAGAGCGCCACUCGCAUUUCGUCCCUGUACAGCUUUUCCUCUGUCAUUACUGGCCUCAUUCUCGGUGGCAUUGUCUUCAGAGUCCGUCGCCUGAAGCCUUUUAUUGUUGCAGGAACAUGUCUCUUCAUGGUUGCCUUUGGUCUCUUGAUACACUACCGUGGCGGUAGUGGUAACGAUGCGCAUAGUGGUAUAAUCGGUGCUCAGAUAUGCCUAGGCAUAGCAGGAGGAAUGUUCCCUUAUCCGACGCAAGCUAGUAUUCAAGCUGCGACAAAGCAUGAGCACGUGGCUAUUGUAACUGGAAUUUAUCUCGCCGUCUACAAUGUUGGAAGCGCAUUGGGAAACACAGUGUCAGGGGCCAUGUGGCAGCAGAUCAUACCUGGAGAGCUCCUCCGGCAGACUGGGGAUCCCACCCUCGCGGCCACCGUAUAUGCCGAUCCUUUCACGUUUGCGUCGACAUAUCCAAUGGGCACCCUUGAACGUGAGGCUGUUGUAGCUGCUUAUCGGCACGUGCAAAGACUGCUUUGCAUUGCUGGUAUCUGCCUGUCGGUACUGCUCAUCGGAUUCUCAUUGGCACUUCGAAAUCCGAAGCUCGGCAAGGAACAGAGCUUGGAAGACGCAGAACAGUCGGCCACCGGUUCUGAGGCGAAGACCCUGGAAGCUGGGAACAUCUGGGCUUGGUUGCGAAAGUAA